AUUCUCUCUUUCGAAUCUAACAGAGGCUUGUCUUAAUUUUAGAGAGAGAGAGAGAGAGAGAGAGAGAGAGAAGUAGCAGAAAAUCAAGAGCAUCUUCUUCUUCUUCUUCUUCUCUUGGCCGUGGCCACUCCAGCGCCUGCUUCAUUUUAUGUGGUGAAGAGAGAAUUCAGGGUCACUUUAUGCUCAUUUUCUUGAAUUCAGCCUUAAAGCCAUGCCGCGUAAAGUAAAUAUCAGAGUUGAUUACUACGAAGACUACGAUGACUUUGACGAUUAUGAUUACGGCAUAGAAGAGAAUGCAGUUGCCGUAGUAGAAUCAAAACCAGAAAGUGAGAGGCGUGGGAUUUGGAGUUGUUAUAUUUGCACAUAUGAUAAUGAUGACAGUAUGUCUGCUUGUGACAUUUGUGGGGUUCUUCGCAACCCCUUGCCUAACAUCAGCAGUACCAGUAAGAAAACAGUUGAAGGCACAUGCAAAGAUGCUGAAGCAUCCAUAAUGGCCCAGUCUCUUUUUGCAUCACUGCCGCAUCAGGCACCCAAAAAUGCCGUCUUAUUUCAACCGCAGAAAGAUGGUUCUGAGGCUGAUGAGGGCAAUAACUUCCACAAGCUUGAGAAUUUCCAAGGACAUAUUGAUGAAUUAUAUAAGAUCUUUAGUACUCAUAACCAGCACCAGGUUAAUAUAGUUCCUUUCAAGUUUGAUACUCCAUCUCCAGAUGACAUGGUCACAAAUGGCUUGCGUUCCUCCAAAAUGGGUUCUAAAGCCAAUCUUAAUGACUCAAAGACUUCAACAAUCACUUUAGCCAUCAGUGAGAACAUUGGAACACUAGACGAGCGAUCAAAUGAUGGAAGGUUAGAUAGCUUCUCCAUGUCGUCAGAUAAGAGGCAUCAAGUAAAGAGAGGAACAGGUAAAGUACAAGGAAGUUCUAAAAGUUCAGAUGUAUCAUCAGAUUGUUUUCUGAAAAGUAGCCAUGGUAGAGUGGAGGAGAGCAGUUAUAUAAAGGGCAUUGCAAUUGACAUAGAAUCGGACGGUGAAAGGAUAGAAAGCUCAUCAAUGGCAGAGCCUAAAGGCAAGCAUGAUAGCGUGGAUGAGAACAUAAGUUCUGUGAAUAGGGGCAAACCAGAGAGUCUUGCCAAUAACUUGAAUAACAUGGCUUUGGGUGUAAGAUCUGGAAAUCCAAAUAACAUAAAUGCUAGAAAAGCUAAUUCACACAAGCAGUAUAAACCUGAGAAAUGGAUGCUUCCUGAUCAAGCUGAAGAUGCACUGAUUCAGUUGAAUCUGGCCAUAGUUGGUCACGUUGAUUCUGGAAAAUCAACGCUCUCUGGUAGAUUGCUACACCUUUCAGGUCGGAUAUCUGAAAAACAAAUGCACAAAUAUGAAAAAGAGGCGAAGAUACAGGGUAAAGGGUCCUUUGCUUAUGCCUGGGCAUUGGAUGAGAGUGCAGAAGAGAGGGAACGGGGAAUAACUAUGACAGUGGCUGUUGCUUAUUUUGAUUCCAAAAGAUAUCAUGUCGUGGUGCUCGACUCACCCGGCCACAAAGAUUUUGUUCCAAACAUGAUCUCCGGGGCAACACAAGCUGAUGCUGCAAUUAUUGUAAUAGAUGCCUCGCUUGGUUCAUUUGAAGCUGGUAUGGACAGUAUGAAGGGGCAGACAAGGGAACAUGCACAACUUAUCAGAAGUUUUGGUGUGGAACAAAUUAUAGUUGCUGUUAACAAAAUGGAUGUUGUUGGGUAUUCUAAGGAGCGAUUUGAUUUGAUUAAACAACAACUCGGGACGUUUCUUCGUUCUUGUAACUUUAAGGAUUCUUCUAUAUCUUGGCUUCCAUUGAGUGCCAUGGAAAAUCAAAAUUUGGUUGCAGCUCCUUCUGAUGUUCGCUUCUCAUCCUGGUAUAAGGGACGUCACCUUUUGGAUGCAAUUGAUUCCUUCCGACCUCCAUCAAGAGAUUUUUCAAAGCCUCUGCUUAUGCCUAUAUGUGAUGUCAUUAAAUCGCCUUCACUUGGGCAGGUGUCUGCCUGUGGUAAAUUGGAAGCGGGGGCUCUUCGGAGUGGAUUGAAGGUUCUUGUUAUGCCUUCCGGAGGCAUAGGCACUGCACGAUCCUUAGAACGUGAUUCUCAGGCUUGUUCGAUUGCAAGAGCCGGGGAUAGUGUUGCUGUUAGUCUUCAAGGUAUUGAUGGAAGUAAUGUCGUGGCCGGUGGAGUGCUAUGUCACCCUGAUUUUCCGGUUAAUGUAGCAAAACGUUUGGAAGUAAAGGUUCUUGUUUUGGAUGUAGCAACGCCAAUUUUAGUGGGAUCUCAGUUGGAAUUUCACAUACACCACGCGAAGGAGGCAGCGACAGUUGUGAAAAUACUGUCAUUGCUCGACUCAAAGACGGGCAAGGUGGCGAAAAAGGCCCCCCGUUGUCUUACCGCAAAGCAGAGUGCUGUUAUUGAGGUGCUUUUGCAUGGACCAGUUUGCGUAGAAGAGUUCUCGAGUUGUAGGGCCCUUGGAAGGGUGUUUCUGAGAGCAUUAGGAAGAACUAUCGCGGUUGGUAUUGUAACCAGAAUUAUUGACUAGAGUUGUUUGUGUUUACACUAGACCAUUUUUGAAAUAUUUUACUUGGCAUACUGUUAAAUCAUCUUUCAUCUUUUUUUUCUUUUUUUCUUUUUUUUUUUUCCCCCGACCCGCGGGUGGGCUGUCGGGAUGAGAUAAUAUUUCUCCAUACUGAAAGUUUGGAUGAGGUUUAAAGAGCUUUAGGGCAACAUUGUAUUGGCAUUUGU